AGACACCUGUAGCUGUGGAAGGAUUAUUUGUGUUUUUGAAAAAAAUAAUAUAUAUAUAUAUGUAUAUAUAUUAAUUCCGUAUUUUUGCUCACAGCCUUCAAAAAAACCCGUGGACAUGUUCAACAGUAACCGCAGGGAGUUUGACGAGGACCCGUUCUUCUCGGAUCCAUUUCAGGCUCACAGGGAACACAUGCGGCAGAUGAUGCGUAGCUUCUCUGAGCCGUACGGCGGUGCGCCCAUCGUUCCCAGUAUAAUGGACGGGAGGAACUGCGGUUUCGACGUGUCGGAACACCCGAGCUCGUCCCCGGCGCUGAGGGGCGAAAACAGGGAGAUGACCCGGAACCCGUUCGGCGUGUUCGACAACAUGAUGUCCAGCAGGCGGAACAGGAUGCACGAGAUGCAGAAAAACUUUGACAACAUGUCCACGGACUCCAACUCCCACUCGUUCAGCUCCUCCUCGGUCAUGACGUACUCGAAGGUCGGAAACGAGCCUCCGAAGGUCUUCCAAGCGAGCUCGUCCACGCGCCGCGCGCCCGGAGGGAUCAAGGAGACCCAGCAGGCGGUCAAAGACUCCGAGACCGGUCUGGAGAAGAUGUCCAUCGCUCACCACAUCCAGGACAGGGGCCACGUCGUGGAGAAGAAAUACAACAAGAAGACCGGAGAGAAGGAGUUGAGCCAGGACUUCAACAACAUGGAUGAAUCCGAAGCACAGUCUUUCGACGACGAGUGGCAGCAGGAGGUGUCCAAGUUUCGACCGCUCGGCCCGAUGCUCGGCCUGGAGGAACCCGGGCCCCGUGGAGUCCGCCAGGCGGCCCUCCCCGGCGCCGAGCAGGAGCCCAGCGACCAAUCAAAGGGCAAGGCCGAGGGUCAGAGCAACACGAACGGCUCGGCCUCGACGAAGCAGUGACACGUCUGUUUGUGUGCUUAUUAAAGUCUUUCAAGAAUCAUGCAGGACACUCGGGUGCUCUGUACCCCUCACACACACACACACACACACACACGCACACACACACGCCCCGUCAUCAUCACAGGGACAGAAUCAGAAGGCACCGACCAAGAUUUUGGAACACAUGAGACUUCUCGUUUUUUAUGAAACGGUAGGAAUUGAAAGCCGCUGAAGACGGCGGCCCCGUUACGGUGAAUAUGUUCUGCUUUUUGAUGGGUCAGAUUACUCCUUCAUUUUACAAUAUAUUGGCUCUUCAGCACAGCUCACACUGGAGUUCAAAACAUUAACAGAAAGCACAAGGAAGCUGUCGUGUGUCGGCUGUAGCGCAUGUAAACCAGCAGUGUAAUAUAUUAUCUUAUAUGCUUAUAAAACAUUACAAUAAAGUUACACAUGGGUCCUUAAUAUUUCACUGCGACCAGGAAACUAAAAGGGUCAUUAGGAUUUCUUAUGGAUGUAGAGGUGGUAAGAAUUACUUGCAUCAUUACACAUUAACAGUCUAAGAGAAAUUUUAUGAGUUGGCGUCAAAUUCAUAGUUUAUUUAAUGUGUGGCAUUUGGAUACCAUCUGUUUCCCUCAUUGCCAUUUUCAUAAUGCAAAAAUCUACUCAUACACUCAGACAAUGUCGAAAUUGUCUUUUUGUAAUUAUAUUGUCCAGUACCUGGUGCUCUAAAUAUAUGUAUUUUAUCUGCUGUAAUCUUUGUAAAAAAGAAAAAGAAAAGAAUAAUUCUGUUUGCCCUUUUUAUAUGUUACUUUGGUUUCUCUUGUUUUUUUCAUCUGAUGCUUUUGUGCCGCCGAGCACGAUAUCUUGACAAAGUCUGGAUUAUUCUCAAUAAUUCUCAUUUUGUGAUUGUAUAUUUUUUCAAGCUUAAAAAAAAAAACGUAUGUCAACACAGAUUGUGGUCUGAAAAUAAAAAUAUAAAGAUGAA